AUAAUUUCGUAAGAGUGUAUUAUUAUUUUAUUUUAUCAAAGUAACACAAAUAAUGUUCUUUCCUUCAAAAAAUAAAAUAAAAAAAGCACAAAUAAUUUUCUUGCAAUUCUUCUGGAUUUAUUAUUAUUUUUAUCAUUUUUUCUUUUUUUUUUAAUUUCUAAUUUUUUAUUACAUAUAGUUUAGAGAGAGGGAGAGAGAGAGAGAGAGAGAGAGAGAGAGAGAGAGAGAGUAAACAAAAACAUAAAGAACAUAGGAAAUGGCGAAGAAAAAAGAGUGAAAAAAAACAGAGGAGAAGAAGAAGCUCUCUUCUGUCACAACUUUUUGAUUCUCUCUCUAACUCACUCACUCACUUCCUUAUCUCUCUAGAAGGUUAUAUAUUUAGAUAUAUCAUAUAUAUCUAUAUAUAUAUGUAUCAUGUAUGUAUAUACAGUUUCUGGGAUUAUGCCUUUGGAUUUCGUUGUUUUCAGUUUUCAGUAAUUUGAAUCCAUAAUCAUGAACGAUGAUAAUCUUCCGAAAGUCGAAAACGAAGAUGCAUUCCAGAGCUUGCUCGAACUAGCAGCCAACGACGAUCUAGAAGCCUUCAGAACCUACAUCGAUCGUCAGCCGUUGAUCGUAAACGACGUCGGAUUAUGGUACGGCCGCCAAAACGGGCCGGCCCGAAUGGCCCUUCACCACUUAACCCCUUUAAUGGUCGCCUCCACUUACGGCAGCCUCGAUGUAGUAAACCUCAUUCUCUCCCGCCCCGGAAUCGACGUCAAUAAAAGCUCCGGUGCGGACAAGUCCACCGCGCUCCACUGCGCCGCCGCCGGCGGAUCGAUCCGCACCGUUGAAAUCGUGAGGGCAUUAUUGUCCGCCGGGGCCGACCCUAAUCUAACGGACGUGAACGGUCGUAAGCCGAUCGACGUUAUCUUCAUCCCUCCGAAACCGUGGGGCCCGCAGGUUCAUUAUUCUUCCCUUCGGUCGAUGCUCGCGGCGGAGGAGUAUAUUCCGUUAUCCGAGAGGGAAUAUUCCGUUGAGGCGGUAUCAAUGCCCGAUAUCAAGAACGGGAUAUACUCGACGGACGAGUUUAGGAUGUUCUCUUUCAAGAUCCGUCCUUGCUCGAGGGCGUACUCCCACGACUGGACCGAGUGCCCGUUCGUCCACCCUGGCGAAAACGCGCGGAGGCGGGACCCACGGAAGUUCCACUACAGCUGUGUGGCGUGUCCGGAUUUUCGAAAGGGGGCUUGUCGGAGAGGCGACAUGUGCGAGUACGCGCACGGAGUUUUUGAGUGUUGGCUGCACCCUGCUCAGUAUAGAACUCGUUUGUGCAAAGACGGCACGAGUUGUAGUAGACGAGUUUGUUUCUUCGCACACAAGCAAGAGGAGCUAAGGCCGUUGUACGUCUCCACCUGUUCCGGUGUUGCCUCGCCACGCUCGAUCGCAGCCUCUCCGUCUCCGUUCACCCCACCGAUGUCUCCGUCCAAUCAGAACGUGCCAGCACUGCAUUUGCCGGGAAGCAGCAACCUCCUCUCGAGUAGUAGGCUACGCUCGUCUCUCAAUGCUAGGAUAUUUGCGGAUACUGAUAUGAACGCGAAUUUACCGAAUCGCUCCCUUCGUCCCGUAACCCUAAUGACCCAUUCGAAUCUCGAGGACAUGUUUUCUUCGGAUGUUUACUCGCCCAGGCACAUUCAGCAUCAACAACAGGGGAUGCUAUCUCCGAUAAAUGCAACGUUUUCUUCCGGAAGAAUGUCGCCUCGUCAUCAUCAUGUGGACUCAAUCUCGCCAAUGCUGGCUCGGUCGAAGUGGGGCCCACCGGAGGGGGCCGUGGCCCCCGAUGAAUCGGGUAAGCUCGAGAGAUGUCCGUCUUUUGAGGCUCUCAACAAUGGGGAGGAGCCCGACUUGUCGUGGGUGCAUUCUCUUGUCAGAGAAUCUUCACAGGAUGUAAAGAAGGAAAUUUCAGGACACGGUUUUGCCGGAAAUGAAGGUGAAAAUUCGAAUGACGAGAUCGAACAAAUCGACCAAUCGGUUUUAGGUGCGUGGCUUGAGUAAAUGCAGCUUGAUCAGCUCAUAGCUCAGUAAAUAAAACGUAUUUUUCAAGAAAACAAAAAUUAAUUAUUAUUAUUAUUAUCUUUGGGGGGGAUUUCUAU